GCGCCUUUGCUCCCAGCUAGCCGACUGCACCUCUUCCGUGCACACACACACGCACGCACAAAAGAGGGCUCCCAGGUCUGUCUCCUGACACACAUACACAUGUGGAUGUGUAUAUAUAGAUCCCGUGUAUACAUCUAUGCAGCUGUCUGUUGCACACAGACCUCCUCCAACCCUCUCGCCGCCUGGCUUUUCCUAGCCUGCUGCUGGAUUUACACCCAGCGAAGAAACUGGUCAUUGCAAAAGGGGGCGUGACUAUUUAAAGAUUUUCUCCCCCCUCACGUAAAAUAUUUUUUUCCCUCCCCCUUAGCAGACUUGACUUCUGUUCCUCCAAUCCUUGGCGCCCUUUACAAUCCCUGCCUGCCAGCCGCAGUAUUCGAGUUUUAUUGCAUUUGCUUGCUGGAGGCGGCGGGGCGGGGGGGAGUGUGUGUGAGAGAGAUUUCCCCGCUUCUUUCUGCGCCGGCUGCUGCUCGAGAGGGCUGGGAACAGCUGCCUGCCGGGCAAGACCCUGAAGGCUUCCCUCCUCUCCCCUCCCUUUCCUCUUCUCUCUCGCCCUCCUUCUAAUGUAGUCAUCUGCAGGGAGGUUUCCUUUCUCUCCUCCUCUUCUCUGCGCCCGCCCGGCUCUUUUGCAAAGUUGACGUUCCUGGGACUUGGACCUGCACUGUCCACACAGAGCGACUUGGCGAAGCCUGAAGGAAGGAGAGAUCGUUGCCGCCUCCUCGCCUGGGGGCUCCAGCAGCUCCUGCCUUGGACCGAGGACGAGGCACCGCCUCAGCGAAGCAGCAGCACCGCCACAGGAGUUGGGGGGGAGCGCCUUCCUCGCUCUCCUCCCCCCGCCGCAGGCUGCUGCUGCUGCUGCUUCUUACGGACUCCUCCAGCAAUUCGGUUUGCUACCCUCGGAUUGCCAGCCUCCUCUAGCCUGCCGCCGCCAGUUCUGGGCUUGUGUGGAUUCCUCUCGCUCCUUCAUCCAUCGCCCAGGAACAGGAAGGACGAGGAGGCUCCCCGGGAGAGCGAGAGCCCCCGCCACUCCGGCGGCUUCCCAACUCGAGCCAGCCCCGGGAGCGAGACGAGCGCCCAAAGUGGACUUUUCCUUCCCCAAAGGACUUCCUGCCGGCUCUGCUUAGCCGGCCUCGAAGCGCUCCCUCGCGCCAAAAGGCGGGAAGGAGGAGGAGGAGGAGGAGGAGAAGAAAGCCGCCGCGCAGAGAAAGAGAGAGAGAGAGAGAAGCACCAGGAGAGGCCAGGACAGCGGAGCCGCCCCUCAGCGGCGCUGGACGGGGGCAGGGCCGGUGCAUGUCUCGCCCUGGGCUCAGCAGCACAGGACUCGCCGCCGUGCAUGAGCUCCCUCCGCCGCCUGCUGCUGCUCUUGCCCGGCGCGGCUCCCAGCUCCCCCUGCCGGGGCGCGCAGGCUCCAUAAGGAUCUCUCCUCGGCACCAGAUUUUUUUGAGGAGGGGGAAUCUCCUCGUGGCCUUUCUCCUUGCGGGCACUUUUCUCUUUGUGUGUGUCUUGUGACUUUGAGGUGUGUGUCUCUCUCUCUCUCCUUUUUCUUUCUUUUUUUUUAUUUUAAAAAAUUGUGUCUUUAAAAUAUCCCUUGGUGUCCCCUUGUGUUGUCGUUGUUCGUCUUUUUUUCUUAAAACAACAACAAACCAAACCAAACGACAACAAAUCCCUGUGCUGUGUCUUGUUGGCCGGGAGUGAUGUUGCACGUGGAGAUGUUGACGCUGGUCUUUCUGGUGCUCUGGAUGUGCGUCUUCAGCCAGGAUCCCAGCUCCAAAACGGUGGCUGAUCGCUAUGCCGUCUACUGGAACAGCACCAACCCCAGAUUCCAACGGGGUGACUAUCACAUUGAUGUUUGCAUCAAUGACUAUUUGGAUGUAUUCUGCCCUCACUAUGAGGAUUCUGUGCCAGAAGAUAAAACUGAACGCUACAUACUUUACAUGGUGAACUUUGAUGGCUACAGUUCCUGUGAUCACACUUCUAAAGGAUUCAAGAGGUGGGAGUGCAAUCGGCCUCACUCUCCGAAUGGACCACUGAAGUUCUCAGAAAAAUUCCAGCUCUUCACUCCCUUCUCAUUAGGAUUUGAGUUCAGGCCAGGCCGGGAAUAUUUCUACAUCUCAUCCGCAAUCCCUGAUAAUGGGAGGAGGUCCUGUCUAAAGCUGAAAGUCUUUGUACGGCCUGCAAACAACUGUAUGAAAACUAUAGGUGUUCAUGAUCGUGUUUUCGAUGUUAACGACAAAGUAGAAAAUUCAUUAGAACCAGCAGAUGAUACCGUACAUGAGUCAGCUGAGCCAUCCCGUGGUGAAAAUGCAGCACAGACACCAAGGAUAUCUAGUCGGCUUUUGGCAACUCUACUGUUCCUCUUGGCAAUGCUUUUGACGUUAUAGCACAUAUUCUAGUAACCUGUCACAGACAACAUCAGGGUCUUGGAACAUCAAAGAUCCACUUAACUGGUCAUCCCGAGAAUGGGACUUUAUAUUGGUUUUGCAGAUGUUGAUUUGUUUUCUCUUCCCCAUCCCUUCCCAACCCCUUCUCCCCUCUGCGACCUGAACAAGGAGCAACAAAUGAAGAGGCAUAACCCGUUCUCUUCCAGCUCUCAAUCUUUCCCAUGGCUUUCCUUGAUCCCUCCUAAAAAUAAAAGGACUCCAAAUGAAAAUGCCAAAUUUCAAUAUUGACACUAGUGAUUCUUACUUUCUUCUGCAGCCUGUCUUAAGAUACCUCCAUCGUUAGCUCGCUGUGCCAUCUGUAUGUGGAGAAGGAAGAAUAGUUGGCAUACACAGUCAGUUGGAAGAUAAGGAAAUUGUAUGGAAAACCAAGAGGAGUGUUUUACUCUUUUCAGUACAAUGUGUAUUCCCCUCGUUCAGCACUGUAAGAUGAUCGUGCAAGGCACUGUGUCACUGUGUCAGGACUGGAGGGGACAUAUUAAGAAUAGAUGUAGUAUAACACCAUUCCCUUCAGGAUUUUUUCAAUGAACAGGCUUCUCCGAGGAAAGAGACACUGUUUUGUAUGCAACUGCCUUGAAAGAUCCUUGACAGUAGAACUUGUGCUCCACAACAGAAGCUCUGUCUUUAGGGAGAAUUUUUUUUUUUAAGUGACUACUGAGGAAUGCUAGCACACAAGCAAGGUCAGAUUUAGGAAGCUACGCUGGGCUGUGAGUGCCUCUAUUAUCUCUCUUAAGUGGAUAGUGCACACCAGAUUAUUUUUCUUUUGAAACAGAUCACCAUGGUGCUACAAUAUUUUACUUCAAAUGCAAAGAGGCAUUUUCUUUUCUUUUUUUCCUUUUUGUGUGUGAAUAAAGUGACCUUUUCCAAGGCUGACUUACUAGCUGAUAGCCUUGGAUAAUGCUCUGGGUGAUGAUACAUGCUAAAACAAGUGCAACACUGGACAGAGUAAACCUGAUCAGGAAUACGAAAUCCCUGGUGUGCUCAUAAUUCUUAUCCCUUGAAAGCUUCGCAACCACUGGAGUAAAAUGCUGUCAGAAAGGGACCAGGACAGUUGUCACAGAAAGUGGAAGUGAAAAAGGAAAAUAAUAGGGAGAAUAUGGUUAACUCUGGAGUGAACAUUCAGGCAUUGGUUUUAUAUCUUUUUUCCUUUCCAACACAGUGGAAAAAUAGAGGAAAUUUCUUUAUCAGCAGGAGAUAAACUAGAUGGACUCCCAAAGACCUUUACCUAAAUAUUUUUUUUAAAUCAACUAGAAUAGAAAAUACAUUAUUUAGAUAUACCUUAUGUUGAAAGUAAGUAUAUAUGCUUGUCCUAUUUAAAGAUGAGAAAAAAGUGGUAACUUUUGAGAGUUAAGUGUUUGGUCGCAAUUGGGUGAAUCUGCUUAGGCAUCUGAGCAUAGCUGUGUUUGGGCCUGGUAAAACAUUUACCAGGAAAUGCCUUCCUUGUGUGUUUCCGUUGGCUUAGACUGUCCUGAAUAUUAAGUUCCAAGAGAUGGGAUAAAUGAGAAGGGCCAUGAAAGUGACUAUUUUGGAAGGUUAGCUUUUCCCCAAAACUAUUGAGAACAAAGGCUUACACAAAAGGAUUUAGAUUCCAUUGCAUGUAGGAUUUUCACAAGACAACAAAAAUAUAAUUUAAUACUCAAUCAUGUUGUAAGCGGACAGCAUUUUAUGAAUGUCUUUUUGUUUUAUGAGAGGAAAGGUUUUCUGAAGUUGAAGGAUUUCAGGAUCCAAAAAUAGCAGAAAGAGAAAAGUAAAUUUAAGGCACUCUGAGCUUGCCUGAUACCAUACAGUAUGGGCUGCAUUUAAAAGCACGGAGAUGUCUAAUAUUGCACACAAACAAAAAAGGUGUCACAAUCUGCAUUUGAGGGAUGAGGAGAUUUUCCUUUCAAUACAAGAAGUAAAUAAAUAAAUAAAUAUUAUUUCUUGAGUAUGUAUGCUUGGUGUAUGUGUUCCUAGGAAUGGCAAAACCUUGGGGUAAUGACUUUGAAGACAGUAAACAGUGACAAUGUUGCACACUAAAUAACAUCCCUGAGAAGAGACCACAUAAUUUGCAAACAUGAGUAAUGCUCAUUUGAUGUCCUAACAAUGAUUGUCUUUGUUUCCCCAUAACGCAUUUAUAAAUAAUUAAAGACUGGACUCACUUUUUGUCUUAAGACUAUGCUUUUUGAAAACAUGGUUUCACCACAGUGAAUUCAACCCUAUGCUUUGCCACAGUGCCACUGCUAAUCUAGUGAAUGAAAGCGACACUGCAUUACAGUGAAGAGGCGAACUACUGCACUGCAUCAAAUGCAAGCCUUGUGGGCAGUACGUUUACAAGACUUCCACUUUGGAUACUUGAUGGCAUCAGGCAAUCUCAAUUAUAUCAAGCCAACGAUGGCUGAUGGUUUUUCAGUCUCUCUGGUGUGUGCGUGCGCAUGCAUGCGUGUUGUCUUGACAUCUUGGAAACGAUGUCAGUGUGCAAGUUUACAGCAGGCCUUCUCCCCCAGCGUGAAGUCUGAAGAGCAAAAUGUCUCUGCAGCGGCCUCUAAGCCCAGGCAAGUCUGCCCUUUGUCGUCCACUUCUGGUUUUCUGAGGGCUUUGCAAAGGGAAGCGGGGAAGUAAGGAUCGAUCUGUUUGGUGGAUACUGUGUAUCCUUUAAUAGGCAACAAGGUAACAUUUCGUGUUAGUUAGAAAUAUUGUUUUGUACUGUACUUUCUUGGAUGGCAAAGGAAAGACAAGUUAAAACAAAAGGAAAAAUGCUGUGUUCUUUAAAUUCUGUAUUAUUAGCAGCCUCUGUUGUAUAUAGUGUUUGAUAAUAAAGUAUUAAUUUGAUUCUUAUGUCUUUUGUAAGUGAGAAAAAUAGACUUUCAUGAUAUUAAAAAUAGAUUAAAAAUGCACCCACUGAUUAUAUGACAGAAGCAUCCAUCCUGGCUACUGAGAACUGAAUGACAAGUGGCCAUAACAUGUCACCAUACAGGACUCACUCAUGAAAUCCAUUCACCCAGAUUCAAGAUUUCACAAUGUCAAGACUCAGAGCAGCGUGGCAUUUGAUGAUCAAUGUUUUGUCUUCAGUGUUAAUGGGCUGAUGUUGGAACCCUGUGGGGUAUUUAGGGUUAACCUUCCCUUUUGGGGUUCAGUUUUUAUUAGCAUGUUGAUUCUCAAUGGCUUUUGGAUUUAAUUCUUAUUUUUUGUGAGGAUACUUUUCCUUCUGAUUCUUUACCUUUUUUAUUUCUUUCCAUGGAUGGUUUGUUUCAAAAAGGGCCUUGCCAGCAUCAUAUGUGGUACAUACAGUGACUUGAUUCCCACACCAAUGAACAAAAAAUUUAGAAGGGGUCGAAUGUGAAUAAUUUUCUUUCCUAUAUAACCACUAUUGAGGGAAAGAAAGAGUAACUGUUGAGGGAACGUUCUUUUUUAAAAAAACUGAUCUAUAUCCGUUGCUUUCUAAAAGCCUCUGUGUAAGUUUUGAAAGUUUAGAAAAAUAUGGAACCCAUACUGCCAAUUAUUUGUUUUCACCAGUUUUACUUCACAAGUGCCCUGCAACAAAUAUGCUCUUUCUCUUUCACCCCCUCCCCAACCACAGCAAGUUCUCCUUUUUCUCCCCCCACCCUUUUUUUCUAAAAAAAAAAAAUUUGGAGCAGUGAAUGGGCAGAUCUGUUUCUGAUUUGGCAUUACCAAGUUUUUCCCAUGCAUUCACCCCUGAGCUUUUCGGAUGUGAGACAAAUCUCCCUACAAUAGGCUUGCUGCCAUUGUCUGUACAGUUUAAUAGAUGCUGGCAUGCUGGAGGUUACCCAUGAGUCUACAAAAUCCGCUUUCCAUACUUACUCUUGACACACCAUUGAAGCCACUCAUUGUGUGUCUUUCUGGGUAUGAAAGUCCAGCUCAGUGUGGUCCUGUGCUUGUACUGCCCUGCUUUGCAGUUUCUUUGCACUUAUUCAUUGAGUGCUGUUUCUGAAAUGCUUACAUUAUAUGAACUUAACAGCAAUUGUAAAAACGAAACAAACAAACCCAUACGAUCUGUAUUUGUAUAUACACGUGUCCGUACAACUAUAUCUGAAUAAAAAAUUUAAAGAUUUUCAUCAUUUUAA